CAGGCGCGCGGGCGGCGGGGGGGCCCGGCGGGGCCUGACGUGGGCGCGGGGCGGCCCCGGGGCCGGCGCCGCCGUGAUUUGCUGCGCGGCGCGGCGAGCGGCGGCGGCGGCGAUGAGAGCGGGCAGUGCGAACUGCCGGAGCAGCCGCCGGCCGCCAUAGUCGGCACACAAAGCUGGUCCCAGAUUUGAGCGACGGCGAGGCAGCCUGAUGAGCGAGCCCCGGGAGCGCCAUGGAUGUGACUAAGAUGGGCACGAUCCAGCUGCAGAACCCCUGCCACCCCAGCGGGCUGCUGCACAAAGCCAACCAGAUGCGCCUGGCGGGGACGCUCUGCGACGUGGUCAUCAUGGUGGACAGCCAGGAGUUCCACGCGCACCGGACCGUGCUGGCCUGUACCAGCAAGAUGUUCGAGAUCCUCUUCCACCGCAACAGCCAGCACUACACCCUGGACUUCCUCUCGCCAAAGACCUUCCAGCAGAUCCUGGAGUACGCCUACACCGCCACGCUGCAGGCCAGGGUCGAGGACCUGGACGACCUGCUCUACGCCGCCGAGAUCCUGGAGAUCGAGUACCUGGAGGAGCAGUGCCUCAAGAUCCUGGAGACCAUCCAGGCCUCCGAGGACAACGAUGCCGAGGGCGCCGCAGUCGACGGAGCAGCCGCUGAGGAAGAGGAGGAGAGGAGGUCGAGGUACAUCAAGGGCCUCUUCGUCUCCAAGCCCGCCAGUGAGGAGAGCGGCUACGCCGGCCAGAGCCUGCCAGCGGGUGCGGCGGAGCAGAGCCCCUCCGCCUCGGCUUCCUUCGGGCCCCUCUCCGCCAUGAGCCCCACCAAGGCGGCGGUGGACAGCCUGAUGAGCAUCGGGCAGUCACUUCUGCAGGGCGCGCUGCCGCCCACCGCCCCCGAGGACUCGCGCCCCGCCGCCGCCCGCCGCCCCAAUGCCGAAGCCAUGCAGGUGGACGACACCCCUGGCAGCCCCCGGUCGGCCGAGCCCGGUGCCUCUGGUGGGGAGAAGCCCGAGGAGAAGGGCAAGGACGGGCCAGGCACCCCGACCCGCGGCAGCGUCAUCACCAGCGCCCGCGAACUGCACUACGGCCGGGAGGAGGGCGCCGAGCCGCCGCCCGAGCCCGGCCAGGGGCUGCCGCUGGCGCCGGAGCCGUUGGCCACCAGCGCCCCAGCCGACAAGCCCUUGGGCAUCUACUCGCUGCUGCCCAACCACAAGACUGAGCCGGUGCUUGCUGUGCCACCCGCUGUGGCGUCCGCCCUGCACGUGCAGCCGGCACUGGCCGUCUCCAUGGACUUCGGCGCCUACGGGGGGCUGCUGCCCCAGGGCUUCAUCCAGCGGGAGCUGUUCAGCAAGCUGGGCGAGCUGGCGGCCGGCAUGAAGCCGGAGAGCCGAGCCCUGGGCGAGCAGUGCAGUGUGUGCGGGGCAGAGCUGCCGGACAACGAGACCCUGGAGCAGCACAGGAAGCUGCACAGCGGGAUGAAGACGUACGGAUGUGAGCUGUGCGGGAAGCGGUUCCUGGACAGCUUGCGGCUGCGAAUGCACUUACUGGCUCACUCAGCGGGCGCCAAGGCCCUGGUCUGCGAUCAGUGCGGCGCCCAGUUCUCCAAGGAGGACGCCCUGGAGACGCACAGGCAGACGCACACUGGGACGGACAUGGCGGUGUUCUGCCUGCUGUGCGGGAAGCGGUUCCAGACGCAGAGCGCCCUGCAGCAGCACAUGGAGGUGCACGCCGGGGUGCGCAGCUACAUCUGCAGCGAGUGCAACCGCACCUUCCCCAGCCACACCGCGCUCAAGAGGCACCUCCGCUCCCACACAGGCGACCACCCCUACGAGUGCGAGUUCUGCGGCAGCUGCUUCCGCGAUGAGAGCACGCUGAAGGGCCACAAGCGCAUCCACACCGGCGAGAAGCCCUACGAGUGCAACGGCUGCGGCAAGAAGUUCAGCCUCAAGCACCAGCUGGAGACCCACUACCGGGUGCACACAGGCGAGAAGCCCUUUGAGUGCAAGCUGUGCCACCAGCGCUCCCGGGACUACUCGGCCAUGAUCAAGCACCUGCGCACGCACAACGGCGCGUCCCCGUACCAGUGCACCAUCUGCCUGGAGUACUGCCCCAGCCUCUCGGCCAUGCAGAAGCACAUGAAGGGCCACAAGCCGGAGGAGAUCCCCACCGACUGGCGGAUAGAGAAGACCUAUCUGUACCUCUGCUACGUCUGAGGCCGGCGGCGCCGCGGACUGGGCAGAAAUCCACCACCGCACCCGCCGCUCUUCUCGGUUCCCAUCCGUUGCUUCUCGCUGGGAGGGGGACACGCUGGCCCCUUCCCCAGCCCGUCCGCUCCCCUCCCCGGCUGCGCUGUGCCGCUGCUCCCUCGCCGCGGGGCGGCUCUCGCCCCUCGCACCCCCGGGGAAUUCACUGCCCGAUCUGCUCCUCCGUCACCAGCACCGGGCGCCGGCACUGCCGGCAGCACCGCAUGGGAACAAGGCGCUUCCCCCAAAGCGUGCGUGUGGCCGGUGCGGCGGGAAGGCUUCAGUUCCUGGUGUCCCCUGGUGCAGCUGGACCCGGGCCCAGGAGGGGGGCGGCUCCCCAAGGGGCUCCUGCUCUCCAGGCUGUGGUGUCAUGGGUGGGAUGGCUCAGGCAUCGGCCGUAAGUGCUUUGGUGAGAGCAUCCUGGGGGUUUGGGGAGGGACCCACGGUGCUGCUGGGUCAGGGCGGGCACGAGGGGCUCCCGGAGCUGCCCCCUCCCCACCCAAAUCCCUCUCUAUGCAUUUCCCACCCUGCCGGGGGGAUGCGGCCAAUUUGGUGAUGCGCGGCAGUGCCGGUGUGGGGCUGUGGGUGCGCGGCAUCGCUCGAGCCAGAGGGUGCCCUUUUUCUGCCCGUUUUCCGCUCCUUUGGGGCGCUGGGCCGGUGCCGCGCGGUGUUUUGCCCGGGAGCCGCCAGGGAGGGCCGGCGGCUGCGCUCGCCGCGUCUUAUUUGCUUUUUGUUUUGUUUUGUUUUGUUUUUAACUUUCUUUUGGAAUAUUUCCGCGUUUAGCACAUUUUACUUGAAAUUACCUCGUUUUUUGUGACCUCAUGAGCUUUUAUUGAUUUGGGGGUCGGGGCGGCGUGGCCGGGCGUGCCCGGCGCUGGGGGUGCGCUGUGCCCUCCCUGCCGGCCCCGCUGUGCAUUAUCCGUACCAAAACUGGUAUUUUUUGCCCGGCCCGGUGGGGCUGGGGGUGUCGGUUCUGAGCUACCUCUUGUGUUGGUUUUUGUUGUGUUUCUGCUUGGCUCUGCGCGUCCCAUCCCCCGUCCAGUCCCCCCGUCCAGUCCCCCCGUCCCGUCCCCCGUCCCAUCCCAUGCUGCGCUUGCGCCCACAGGUUUUUUGGGGUUUUUUUGGUCGUUUUGCUGCAUUUGGGUGAAGGGGAAGAGCCGCGGCAGGGGCGGGGCCGGGUGCGGUUUGCAGGGAUGCGGAGCCCCUCGGGGUCCACGUCCCCCUGUCCCGGCGCCGAGCAGGGAUGCGGGCGCAGCGUCCUCGUCCCCGCGGCCCGGUGCGGGGCCUUCGCGGCUGCGCGGGGGACGCGGCUGGCGCGCGGUCCGGGUGUGACCGCGGAGAACGGCUCGUUAAUGGUUGUGCCUAAGGAAAAAGAGAAAAAAACAAAAAAAAAGGGGAAAAUAUAUUUGGAAAAAAAGAAAAAGAAAGAAGGGUUGUUUCACACGGGAAGUUGCUGCGGUUUCCGGCGCGUUCGCGGCGCGCGGCCGAGCUCAUGUGGCUGUUUUGCUUUACCGUCCCCUCCCGUCCUGCUGUGCCCCGGUGCCCCCGGCACUGGGCGCUGCCGUUGGCCGCGGCGCAGCCCCCGCCGCCCCAGCCCCCGCGUAGGGAUGUGUCUGUGUCGUAGCCGUGAGGACCAAGCGCCCGCGGCCCCCGCGGCCCCGGGCCCCCCAGCUUGUGUCGUGCCGUCCCCGCUCUGUGCUGCCGCUCGUGGUUCGGGUCCGUCGCUGUCCUCGUUCCGUCUACCUCAGCACCUCCGAGCGCAGAAGGUGCCCCGUUCCCCCUCGGUUUUCUCAGAGCAUCUAUGGGCUCCUAUUUUUUGUACGACGUCCCCCUCGCCGUUCGCUCCCGUGCGGUUCUGCUUGCGAGUCCUCUCUGUCCUGUUGCCACAGACGCCCUUAGCUAAAAGUUUCCUGAAAAAUAAAAGAAAAAGACAAAAAAAACCCAAACGCAACAGUGGUGGUGUCUCUAGUCGCAGCUCCGCAUCUGCCUUCGUCCUGUGUAGAUUCAGAUGCAUUUCCUUGUAAGACUUCAGUGUUUCUGACAGAGGAAAAAAGAAAAAGACAAAAAAAAGCAAAGAAGAAUAUACUGCUGCAGGUUUUUUUCUCUCCAUGUGUCACUGAGUGAAGUUCGUGCCUUCUAUAGCAAAGAGAAUAUUUUUUACAUCCUACUAACGGUAGAUUUUUUUGUAGUGAACAUUUUUUGUAUUUUUAUUUAUAAGUCUCAUAAGGAAAAUAGCAAUGUUCAGUUGUAUACCUUGGAUCUGCAGUUAGCAAACAGAAUACAACCAAUAAAGUUAAUUCCGUUGUCUCGGC